AUGGAGGAGCAGCAACGCGACCUGCAUCACUUCUUGCAGGCAUAUGGAGGUCACUCCGCUUACUACCGGAUGCUGGCGGAGCACUCUGCCAAGUCGCCGCCCUUGUUUCUCAACCGCAACCUUGCAUACAUCAAGUCUUCCCGCGCUCGAAGUUCACGCGCAGUUGCAUCGAAUGGAUCACGUAAACGGAUGCUGGCGGCGGGUGCUGAGGCGAACCUCAAGUUCCAGACGACGACGACGCACAAAGUGCUGGUGCGCUUCAAAUACGGCCCAGACAACGUCCUCUGCCAAAUUCAGGAGGUGCGCAAUGCCGGGUGCCCCUGGUGCCACCGCGCGUGCGGUUCCGAAUAUGGUCUGCUCAAGCACCUGUCCCUGUUUCAUGAUCGCUUCACCUACCGCUUUGCCACGAGCUAUGCUGGUGAUAUGUAUGUCGACGUGUACCCGAGCAGCAAGUGGUACAAGAGCAAGCGCGGUGGCGGCAAGACGGCAGCAGCGACAACAAUCAUUCCCGCAGCACAUCUGCCAGCAUCAGCAGCACCGCUGUCGUUGGGAGGAAGGGCAGGCGAUGUGCUCGGCGCGAACAGCCACCACCACCACCCACAACAACAACAACACCAACGACUCCAACAACACGUGCACCUGAACAGCAGCAGCAUUCAUCACCACCCGUUGUCUGCUGUGGAUGGCAGUCGCGACGCCGCCGCCACAAACAGCCGGCAGCCCUUUUUCUUUCACGGCCGUGGCGCCAAGUUCAACUUUUCCUUUGCGGAAUUUGCUUCCACCUCAGCACGCGGGGAGGGCGUGGCGCUCAAGGCGCGGCUGAAUGUGCAGCAGCAGCGGCGGUACUACUCGUCGCCGUUUUGCGUGGAGCAACCAGGCAUUGGCGACGAUGGUGACGACGAUGAUGGCGACGACGACGAUAGCGACGAUGAUGUUGAUGAGUCCUGGCUCACGCACUCCAGCAACGCCCUGCUUGAUGAGUUUAAUGACGUCAACAGCGGCGAAAAGGCAUUUAUGAAACUGUGGAAUCGCUCAGCAGGCAACGCUGUGAUGCCGCGCCAGCCACCAAAGAACUUCUCCACCGUCAUGGCAGAUCGCCGCGUGCCAGAUCUCCUGCGCUCGUUUGCCUGCAGGCACAGAACAGCCAUCAGGGAGGGGCGAUUGGUUGGCAACUUCAAGGUUCACAUGGCGCUGCUGGUACAAUUUGGGCUGAUCACCGCCAAGGACAUCACAGACACACUCGACAUCCUGGCGCGCAGCAGCGAUGACCACGACCAUGAUGGUGGUGAUGAUGGUGUUGUGAGUGGCGGUGGUGCUGGUGAGGAAAUGCAGCCGAAUGAUGUUGAGUUGAAUGGUGACGAUGAUGAGGAGGAGGAGGAGGAUGAGGAGGAGGAGGGUGAUAAUGACAGCACUGGUGGUGGUGGUGGUGGUGGUGGUGAGACACGGGCGGAUGGACGUGUCACCCGACGUCAACGACAGCAGCGGCAGCGAGAGACAGUGGAGGAGGAGGAGGAGGAAGAGGAGGAGGAAGAGGAGGAGGCACAUGUCGAUGGUGGUGGUGGUGAUGAGAUUGAUGGUGCUGACGAGGAAGAGGAUGAGGAGGAAGGCGAGAUGGUUGGUGCUGCGAGUGCUGAGGAGGGGGAGGCAGAGCCACGUAGGAAAGCGAAAAGCAGCAAGAAGAGAGGGAAGGAGAAAAGCGAGAAGAGGAACAGUGACAAGAGGAAGAAGGGGAAGAAGGGGAAGAAGGAGAGGAAGAAGAGAAAAAAGCGACAGGAAGAGACACGAGUGACACGAAGCAAGCGAGGAGCAAACGCAUGACGUUGGCAUGCCACUGUACCCACUAUGAGCGUGUCACCACCUGUUUCUUCUAAUUCUCGCUCUUGGGGUUGGGGUUUUGUUUUUGUUCUUCUGCGAGUUAUGUCCUCCUCAGGUUUGUUAGAUGAUGAGCCAGCCAGCCGUGAUGGCGUGAUGGCUUGGUGGCCCAGUGCUUGAGUGUCGAUACAAUGGGGUAGCGGGGGUGGGGUUUACUUCAGGUUUACACUGCAAGACAGGCAGCACAUGAAAGAACAGUGGAACACAAUAGAAACAGGAAUGAC